AUGUCUCGUCGCGGAGGCCGAUGGGGUAUGAACUUCAUUUCAGCCAGUGGGCCACAGUCACAUUUAUCUAUGAACAGUCUACAAGCUACUGAAGCUACAGUUCAAGAGUUACGACAACGUUCCGCCGACAAUUCCGUAUCCCGUCCUUCCGCUUACGCGCCACCUUCGUUUAUGGGUGCGCCACCCGUCGCGCAGACCUCGUUCGCCCCUGGCUACAAUCCUCAGAGAAAAUGCGCCCCCACCGGUAGCAGUGGUAAUUCUCGAGCCUUUUCAAACCUGGGGAAACGACGCAUGCAUGAUGACGAUGACUACUUUAACGACGACGAAGCGGAGAAGGAUGAUGAGUUAGAGUAUUUGCCAGCACCCGGGAGCCCUGCCGCCCAAUCUGGUCAUGGUGGUGCCUGCGAACAAGAGGAUAAGGGGGCUAUCUCUGAUGAUUCUGAUGAUCCGUUGGACAAAUUCAUGGAAGGCAUUGAGUCUAAUGUGAUGGCCGCUUACCUUUUAUUAAAUGGUAUGUGGUUUAGGAACGUUCGUGACGAUAUUGAACAGGAAGACGAAAUGGAGGCCUAUCUUCGCUUCAUGGAGGAAAAUCCCACUGUGGGCCUCGUUGGGGAUGAGGAGGAAAUUUACGAAUAUGAUGCUGAAGGAAAUAUUAUUGCUACCGAGAAGAAGACGAUAGACCCACUGCCUCCAGUCGACCACUCACUCGUUAACUACGCUAAAUUCACUAAGAACUUUUACGUAGAGCACCCGGAUAUUUCAGCCCUUAGUGAAACUGGCGUCGUUGAGCUACUUAAAAAGUUAAACAUUCGUCUAAGCGGCGUCUCCCCUCCUCGGCCCGUCUGCUCUUUCGCGCAUUUAAAUCUGGACAAUGCCCUGAUGGAGGCAAUAAGGAAAGCCGGGUACACUCAGCCAAUGCCAAUACAAGCAGCGGCAGUUCCGGCGGCCCUAGCUGGAAGAGAUAUUGUCGGCAUUGCGAAGACGGGCAGUGGUAAAACAGUGGCCUUUUUGUGGCCCAUGAUAACCCACAUCAUGGCACAGCAUGAACUGAAGUUAGGUGAUGGCCCGAUUGGCAUCAUCUGCGUACCGACACGUGAGCUUGCUCUUCAGAUCUACUCCGAAGCCAAGAAGUUGACCAAAAUAUACAACCUUAGUGUUGUCUGUGCAUACGGUGGUGGUAGUAUGUGGGAACAACAAAAAGCAUGCGAAGCCGGUUGCGAAAUUCUUGUCUGCACACCGGGUCGGUUGAUCGACCUAGUUAAAAAGAAAUCUACCAACCUCCGCCGUGUGACAUUUCUUGUCUUCGACGAGGCCGACAAAAUGUUUAAUUUGGGAUUUGAACCGCAGGUGCGAUCAAUCGCAGACCACGUUCGUCCAGAUAGACAGGCACUGCUCUUCAGCGCAACCUUUAAGGGACGAAUCGAGCGCCUGGCACGUGACAUCCUAACAGAUCCUAUUCGGAUCGUUCAAGGAGAGGUUGGAGAGGCUAAUGAAGACAUCACCCAAAUCGUUGAGAUUUUCAACAGAUGGGAAGAAAAGUGGGACUGGCUAACAAGAAAUAUAGUCCGUUUUACGGCAGCAUCCUCCUCUAAACACGAGGGCAGUGUCCUCAUUUUUGUGACGCGGAAGGCUCAUUCCGUCGAGGUAGCCGAGAAGCUCAAGGGACGUGACCUGAAAGUCCUCCUUCUUCAUGGCGACAUGCAUCAGUCGGAGCGCAACACCGUCAUACACAAGUUUAAACAUCACGAAGCUCCCAUCCUUGUUGCCACCGACGUCGCCUCUCGUGGUCUUGAUAUUCCCAGCAUUCACAAUGUGGUGAAUUAUGAGGUGGCUCGUGACAUUGAUACUCACACCCAUCGAGUCGGGCGAACAGGCCGUGCAGGUGUGAAGGGCACCGCCUACACCUUAUUUGUGGCAAAUCGAGAUCCUCCAGACUUCGCUGCCCACCUGGUACGCCAUCUGGAACUAUCCAGCCAGACGGUGCCUCCUCGGUUGUUCGAGAUUGCUAACAAGUGUCCGUGGUUUGUGGAAAAUAGGGCGAGGGCAGCUGGAACCGAGGCUAACCCUCGCGCUGGCAUCGGAUUUCAACCGAGGGAAAAGAAGGAUCUUCGUGUCGGUCUGGGGUCUAGCUAUUCUGGUUUCCACAGCUCCACUCAACCCAUGGGUGGUCCGGCCACGGUCGCGGCAUCUAGUGCUCACCAAACCGAUCGCCUAGCGGCGAUGAAGGCGGCGUUUGCGUCACAAUACAAUCGCCGAUUCGUCUCGGCUGGUGUCGAGUCAACUAAGUACACCCACCCCGAACUCCUCGGUGCUUCGAACAAAACCUCAGAAGUGAGCGGCGACUCCUCUGACUUUCGAGUUCCCCAGACCCCCGAGACUCCCUCGGCACCUGAAGUCAAGCGAAGGAGGUCUCGUUGGGACUGA